GAACACGUACACCAAUGCAGACAAGUUACUGGAAGCAGCAGCAGAGCAGUUGGCCCAGACCGGGAGUGCGACCCGGAGGAGAUCUACAAGGCGGCUAGACACCUGGAGGUCCGGAUCCAGGACUUCGUCCGCAGGGUGGAGCAGAGGAAACUCUUACUGGACAUGUCCGUCUCCUUCCACAGCCACACUAAGGAGCUGUGGACGUGGAUGGAGGAUCUUCAGAAGGAGCUCCUGGAAGACGUCUGUGCGGACUCGGUGGAUGCCGUUCAGGAGCUGAUCAAACAGUUCCAGCAGCAGCAGACGGCCACCCUGGACGGGACCCUCAAUGUCAUAAAAGAGGGCGAGGAUCUCAUCCAGCAACUCAGGGACUCGGCGGUGUCCAGUAAUAAAGCUCCGCACAACAGCUCCAUCAGCCACAUCGAGUCGGUUCUGCAGCAGCUGGACGAAGCUCAGGUUCAGAUGGAGGAACUCUUCCACGAGCGGAAGAUCAAGCUGGACAUCUUCCUGCAGCUCCGGAUAUUCGAGCAGUACACGAUAGAGGUGACGGCUGAACUGGACGCUUGGAAUGAGGACCUCCUCCGGCAGAUGAACGACUUUAACACAGAAGACCUGAAUUUGGCAGAACAGCGGCUACAGCGGCACAAGGAGCGAAAACUAGCCAUGAACAACAUGACCUUCGAGGUGAUCCAGCAGGGUCAGGACCUCCACCAAUACAUCAUGGAGGUUCAAGCUUCAGGAAUCGAGCUGAUCUGUGAGAAGGACAUAGACCUGGCCACCCAGGUUCAGGAGUUGUUGGAGUUCCUCCACGAGAAGCAGCAUGAACUGGACCUGAAUGCAGAUCAGACUCACAAGCGCCUGGAACAAUGUCUGCAGCUCCGCCACCUCCAGGCUGAGGUCAAGCAGGUGCUGGGCUGGAUCCGCAAUGGGGAGUCCAUGCUGAACGCCAGCCUUGUUAACGCCAGCUCAUUGUCGGAGGCGGAGCAGCUGCAGAGAGAACAUGAACAGUUCCAGAUGGCCAUUGAGUCCCUGUUCAAUGCCAGUUCUCUGCAGAAAACCCACCAGAGUGCCCUGCAGGUCCAGCAGAAGGCCGAGGCCUUGUUACAGGCUGGACAUUACGAUGCCGAUGCCAUCCGGGAGUGUGCCGAGAAGGUGGCCAUGCACUGGCAGCAGCUCAUGCUGAAGAUGGAGGACAGGCUGAAGCUGGUCAAUGCUUCCGUGGCGUUCUACAAAACUUCAGAGCAGGUGUGCAGCGUGCUGGAAAGCCUGGAGCAGGAAUACCGGAGAGAUGAAGACUGGUGCCGGGGCCACGACAAGCUGGGGCCGGCGUCCGACACGGACCACAUCAUGCCAUUGAUCAGCAAACAUCUGGAGCAGAAGGAAGCCUUCCUGAAGGCGUGCACACUUGCCCGGAGAAAUGCAGAGGUCUUCUUAAAGUACAUUCACCGAAACAAUGUCAGCAUGCCUGGCGUGGCCCCUCACACGCGGGGGCCCCGAGCAGCAAGUUAAAGCCAUCCUCAGCGAACUGCUGCAAAGAGAAAACCGCGUCCUGCACUUCUGGACCCUGAAGAAGCGGCGGCUGGACCAAUGCCAGCAGUACGUGGUGUUCGAGAGAAGCGCCAAGCAGGCUCUGGACUGGAUUCAGGAGACGGGGGAGCACUUCCUCUCUACACACACAUCUACUGGGGAGAGUCUGGACCAAACGCAGAGCCUACUGAAGGAAUAUGAGGACUUCCGUAUUCCUGCCAAGCAAACCAAGGAGAAGGUGCGCCUCCUGAUCCAGCUGGCGGACAGCUUUGUGGAGAAGGGCCACGUCCACGCCACCGAGCUGAAGAAAUGGGUGACCACUGUGAACAAGCAUUACCGCGACUUCUCCCUGCGGAUGGGGAAGUACCAGUGUUCCCUGCAGAGGGCGCUGGGGAUCGGCACUGAGGACAAUAAAGAUCUGGAACUGGACAUUGUCCCGGCCAUCCUGACCGACCCGGAGGUCAAACUGCGAGACGCCAGCCAUGAGACCAACGAGGAGAAAAGGAAGUCUGCCCGCAAAAAAGAAGCGCCUUCUCUCUCCAGGUUCAUCAUGGCGGAGCUCCUACAGACGGAGAAGGCGUACGUCCGAGAUCUGCACGAGUGUAUGGAGACCUACCUGUGGGAGAUGACGAGCGGCGUGGAGGAGAUUCCUCCGGGAAUCCUCAAUAAAGAACACAUCAUCUUCGGGAACAUCCAGGAAAUCUACGACUUUCACAAUAACAUCUUCUUGAAGGAGCUGGAGAAGUACGAGCAACUUCCGAGGACGUCGGACAUUGUUUCGUCACUUGGGCCGAUAAGUUUCCAGAUGUAUGUCACGUACUGUAAGAACAAGCCGGACUCCAGCCAGCUGAUCCUGGAGCACGCCGGGACCUUCUUUGAUGAGAUACAACAGCGGCACGGACUGGCCAAUUCCAUCUCCUCGUAUCUCAUCAAACCCGUGCAGAGGAUCACCAAGUAUCAGCUCCUUCUCAAGGAGCUGCUGACGUGCUGCGAGGAAGGGAAGGGCGAGAUAAAGGACGGCCUGGAAGUAAUGCUCAGUGUGCCAAAGAGAGCCAACGACGCCAUGCAUGUCAGCAUGCUGGAAGGGUUUGAUGAAAACUUGGACGUUCAGGGUGAGCUGAUUCUGCAGGAUUCCUUCCAAGUCUGGGAUCCCAAAUCUCUGAUCCGCAAGGGGCGGGACCGACACCUUUUCCUGUUCGAG